GUUCAUGAAGUGACUCAGUACAGCUGAUAAGAGGUAGCAGGCUGGUUGUAGAGCUCAGCAUCUCUUCGUGACGCAAAAACCUACCUGUCCAAAGCUUUGACCCGUGGAGAUGAAUUUUAUACUGUUCCUUGGCUGGUAAAAGGUUAAGCUCAAACAUCCAUUGACGAGGGCAUUCGCACCUCUGAGAAUAAUGUCCCGUCGUCGUUGAAGAUGGGUGGGAGUGGAUCGAAAGCCAAAGGUGUGUGGCCCUUUGGUGGGUCAGGAGCUGCAGGGGACGCUGCUAGUGAUGUCAGUGAACAGUCUUUGGCCCGACUACGAGGGUUAAAGAAUGCCACUCCCUUCGUCUUUACCAGGAGGAGUUCUCUGUACUAUGAUGAGGAUGGAGACCUGGCCCAUGAGUUCUAUGAAGAGAUGGUGGUGACAAAGAAUGGGCGGAAGAAAGCCAAACUAAAGAGGAUUCAGAAGAACCUCAUACCUCAGGGAUUGGUGAGGUUGGACCACCCAUGCAUCCAUGUUGACUUCCCCGUUGUCCUCUGUGAGGCAUAACUCACACAGAUCUGGAACAUUCUGGAACAUUCUGGAAGAUUGCACUCUCUCUAAAGUGUCGUACAGCAGCCACCAUCCUCUCCCCUGUCCAAACCCGAGUCUCACAAACCUCCACGAAGCCUCCAUUUUCACCUCACUGUUCCUCUGAGAGGACCAGACUGCUCUCUUGUGGCAGGGAGGAGCAACCACACACAAGGAGGCUUGACAGUGCUGACCUCCAUGUGGUAACAUGUAGAGGUCCUGAGUGGGCAGGGCUGAUCUAACGGUAAACACUUUGGCCUACGGAUGGACCCGUAGGUAAAUGUUCUCUGGUGUUUGAAGAUGUACAGAAGUAAGUGCGUGUGUUUGUGACUGUUGCAUACCGAUAUGGACAGUGUGUGUGUGAAGGGGUUGAGGAAUGUCCCGCUCCCCCUAUUUGUCUGUGUGUCAGCCAGGUGCAGCAUGUCCUCGUUGAAAUAAGAUGACGGAAUCGGAGUUAUCUCUAGUAUUUCAACUGCUCUCAGACCUGCACUUGUAGUUUUGUUGUAAGUAAAGAAUUGUUCCAUAGAUGCGUGUAGCAAUUCUACUUUACUGCACAUGUCUAUGGGUUGAAUAUACUUGAAUAAAAUGACUUAUUGGACAAUG